AAGAUAUCAUGUUUGCGUAUGGUAUGAAACUGAAAGAAGAAAGUCUUGUGCACAGUUGGAUACUUGAUUUGUCAGAUGCAAGAGUACAGGGUCUUUUUACAAAAGAGGAAUGGAAGGAAAUCAGAACAUACAAUGUGCCGAAAAUGCCAAAGUUUCCAAAGGAAUUAGCCAAACACAUGGUUUCAUAUGAAAUUGAUGAUGUAGAAGCUCUUUGA